GCAUCUGAAGAAGUGUCUAAAAACCUGGUGGCAAUGAAGGAGAUCCUUUAUGGGAAGAAUGAGAAGGAACCUCGGAUGGAAGCCGUGGCACAGCUCGCUCAGGAACUGUACAGCAGUGGCCUCCUUGGAACUUUAGUGGCUGAUCUCCAGCUCAUUGACUUUGAGGGCAAGAAGGAUGUUGCUCAGAUCUUCAACAAUAUAUUACGAAGGCAGAUUGGAACAACAGUGGAAUAUUUAUGCACCCAGCAGAAUAUUCUCUUCAUGCUGUUGAAAGGCUACGAGUCUCCAGACAUUACUUUGAAUUGUGGACUCAUGCUGCGGGAGUGUAUCAGAUAUCAACCACUUGCCAAGAUUAUUUUGUGGUCCGAGCAGUUUUACGACUUCUUCCGAUAUGUAGAAAUGUCAACCUUUCAUAUUGCUGCUGAUGCCUUUGCUACGUUUAAGGACCUAUUGACUAGGCAUAAACUCCUGAGCGCCGAGUUUUUGGACCAGCAUUAUGAUCGGUUCUUCAGUGAAUAUGAGAAAUUGUUGCACUCAGAAAACUAUUUGACGAAGAGAGAGUCCUUGAAGCUACUUGGUGAAUUUCUUUUGGAUCGACACAAUUUCACCAUCAUGACAAAGUAUAUCAGUAAACCUGAAAACCUCAAGCUGAUGAUGAAUCUGCUACGUGACGAGAGCCCCAACAUCCAGUUUGAAGCUUUCCAUGUGUUUAAGGUAUUUGUAGUCAACCCGAACAAGGCACAGCCUGUCCUGGAUAUCCUCCUCAAGAAGCAGAGCAAGCUGAUUGAAUUCCUCCGCAAAUUUCAGAAUGACCGUACUGAGGACGAGCAGUUUAUCGAUGAGAAAACCUACCUAGUGAAACAAAUCCGGGACCUGAAAAGACCUGCACAGCAAGAGUCUGGAAUGGAAGCUGUAACAAAAUCUGAGGUGAAUAGACAGAUAGAUAUCAUAUUCUCCUAA